AUACCGUUUAUAGUGAAUGGCAAUUGGCCAAACAGAAAACAAACUGAAGAUGGAAAACAAAAACACGCCGGACUUAAAGCUUAUCUUAGAAUUCAGUGCUGGCGCCGAGCUGCUUUUUGGAAAUAUCAAACGCCGGCAGCUUACGUUAGACGGUGCGCAGAAAUGGACAAUUGCCAAUUUGCUAAAAUGGAUGCAUGCCAAUAUAUUAACAGAACGUCCAGAGCUAUUUAUACAAGGAGACACUGUACGACCCGGAAUAUUGGUGCUGAUUAAUGAUACGGACUGGGAGUUGCUGGGCGAACUAGAGUAUGAACUGCAACAGAAUGAUAAUGUGCUUUUUAUAUCCACACUACACGGCGGAUAGCGUAUAAGCAAAAUAGUUUUCGAAUUUUCAUAUAAAUUGUUUGUAAAUAAAAAAAAAAUA